AUGAGUGAUGAGAAUUUGAAAGUCUUCGAGGCUAUUCGCCUGCUGGGCCUACUUUUGCAGGUGCGGGAUCCUAAGGUCGUCGCCACUUGCGUGUUGCUGUGUUGUCUGGAGAUGAUGUCGGCUCACACUCAAAAGGCUGCGCUACGUUAUUCGAGGCCUUUGAAAUUCACAGCUUCUCCAGCAGAAUACCACAGGCAGUCUUUUGGUGAUACGUUCGAAUGA